AUGGUAAAUGUUUGUAUUGUAAUGGGCUGUUUUUCUGAAGACGUUCAUGGAGAGAUAUGGAUCCAAUGUGCAUCAUGUAGGGAGUGGGCUCAUGAAGAAUGUGCUGGCAUAGAAGAUAAGUACUAUUGUUAUGGUAGCCAGUUGCACAUGCAGGAGCAUACUUCAAAGUACUUCGAACGUGCGCGCGCGCUAGUCCCUCGGCGUUCGGCUUCAGUCCUGAUCGCGCGACGCGUGCAGACGCACGACUGUGAAUUCUCAUACGGAACUUUUGACCGGUGUAAACAAGCGUCCCUAGAUAUUGACCCACGUUACGAUGUUGUGUUAGUGAGUUUAUUUGGACUACCUUCGUGUUUGAAACAUAUGAUGCAUAUCGAGCGUCUAGCGCAGUAUGAGCGCCUGGUGGGCGGCGGCUGCGCGAGACGCCGUGCAGCGCGCCUCUCCGACUUGGAGCGCGUGCAAGACCUUUUUCCGCACGACUACCUCGCGCUGCACGAUGCCGACGCACCCGCCGCGCUUGCCUCUCAUCAUGCGCAGAAAUCAAAGAGUCUGCGUAAAAGGCCAAGUUUGGACAUUAGUAUUGGCAGCAGUAACACAAGUUCCUUAUCACCGCGCACCUUCAUCAUGGAAGCUCCGGUGCAGCUCUGUCCACUUGGUUCCACAUCCCCACCGUUAGAUCGCCACCUGUUUUUAUUCAACGAUCUCCUCCUAGUUGGCAAGUCUAGAGGCACAAACUGCUUUAAGCUUAAGGAGAGUGUAAGGCUGGCAGAACUAUGGCUUUCGUUGCCCGAAGGUGAUGAUACAGGGUUUCUUAUCGGAUGGCCAACUGCCAUUGGUGUCACAAACUACCUCGCUACAUAUCCUACACAAGCUGCCAGAGACACCUGGCACAGGAAAAUUCAAAAUGCCUUAAGUGUUCAGUUAGCGUCGGAGCCAAAAUCAACAAACAUUCAGAUUUUUUAUAAGGAUCUGGCUAGCUCAAUAGAAUUCUGUAAAACAGUAUCAAUAAGUCCUGAAAUGAAUGCUCGUUGCGUUGUCCGUCAAGCUUUACAUGUGCUACAAAAUGGGGAAGGAGAGCAGGAGGUAGAGGCCGAAGGGGAUGAAGGGAGGUGGGGGGCGGCGAGUGACUUUACACUCUGUGUACGAGCCGGUAGAGAUGCACCGCCCACCCCACUGCAGGGCAUAGAGCGCCCCCAUGCUGUUCAGAUGUCGCGAAUAAGACAAACACUUUCGAACGAAGACGGUUUUGAUUUGGAACACGUAAAUGCUAAAAACAAUCCAUGUGGCUUAGUCUUCGAAUUAAGGAAGAAGAACCAAGGAUUAAAAAGCACUAACACGACUCCUGGUCGAGGUCUGCGUCUACUACGUCGGAGUGGACGGUUGUUCGGAGUGGCCCUCACACGUUUGUGUAACGGAACUCCUCCACCCGCCCUAUUACACGCUCUCCGCCGCCUGCGAGCCACAGCGCCUCUCACUCACGGCGUUUUCCGCAGAAGUGCCAACGCAAAAGCUCUGCGUUUGCUUCGAGAUAAGCUGGAUGCUUUAGGCCCUUGGGCGGAGGGCUGUGCGGAGCUGGAGCGUGCCCCAGUGCUAUUGUUAGCAGCCCUUGUUAAAGAGUUCUUCCGCGCAUUACCACAGCCUUUGCUUGUUGCUGACCUUUACUCCUCUUGGCUGCAAGUGCUUAGUUUACCUCAAGCAGAAAAAGUGAACGCUGUACGCUCAUUACUGUUGAAGCUACCGAAAUCUCACUACAACAUGUUAACAUACUUUGUGUGCCUCUUGCAAGCGAUCGCUAAAAAAUCAAACAUAAAUCUCAUGUGCCCAAUGAAUUUAGGUGUAUGCGUAGGGCCGAGUUUGUUAUGGCCAAACGUUCCCUGUGACAGAGCUCCCAAAGCAGUGCCAAUGAUUGUCGAACUACUUAUAGUAAAAGCCGAGACCCUGUUUGGGCCGCAAAUUGCUGGACUCCUUGGAAAUGGCAGCCCUGAAUCCUCUAAUGCACUUUUAGAUUCGGGUGCCGAAGAAAGUGAUAGUCUUCAUUCGGUUGGUAUAUCAUUAGAUUCAAUGGAAUUAUCGACACCCAGAAAAGAAAAAUUAUCAUUGAGUCGAGAUUCGGGGCUGACGCUUUCUGAAGACGAUUCUAACAGCAAUGGAGGAAAUAGCCCGGCCCCUAGAAAUAUUUUACACAGCCUUUCUGCCCCGACAUGUAAUUUACAAGAUCCAAAAUUAUUAACUCGAUAUACUGCAGAUAACCAUAACGUUAAUGGUCUUCCUCAAGUACCACAGCGGCAGCAGAAUAUAUAUUCUAAUAAAGCAGAAUUAUAUAGUACUGUGAAUGAAGAACUGUAUACAAUGCCGUAUAUGAGCGAAAGAUAUGUGCAUAAUUCGAUUAACAUUGGUAUUGCAAAUGGAAUCGAUGAUAGAAAUUAUAUAUCCAAGACAGCUGUACAACGUUCCACAGCUGAUAUUUAUGGUCAGAGUCCUGCAAAGUAUAUUACAGGUUUGGAGCCGCAGAAACCACCAAGAAGUAAUAUUUCGAAAGCAGCUAGAACUUCUAAAGUAUACAGUAUGUAUGCAGAAAAUCAAGAAUCCAACCAAAAUGUAACAAAUAAAAACUUCAAUCGAGCCAAAAGUUCUGAUAACCUACUAGAAUCCAAACAAGAGACAGUCGAUAAUAAACGUGACUUAGUCUCUAGUCAGGAGAACAUUGUAUACAGUAAUAUUCAUGACCUUGCCUUAUUUACAGAAAAUAUUCAGCGUCAAAAUCAAUAUCAAUCGCAUGCAGACCUGUUAUCUAACAUGAAUUAUUCUCGUGUCUUUACUGGUUGGGAGAAAAAGAGUGCGAACUAUAAUAAUCAAAUUAAUAUAUGCUCAAACGAAAAUAAUUACGGUCAAAUGAUUAAAAGUUCGGGAGAAUCCUCGCAAAAUAAAAUAGAAGGAAAAACAACACCGGCAGCCACCAUUUUUACAAGAAAUGACUGGUCUCGUCAAGCAGCGAGGACGAAAAGCUUAGAGGUUAAUGAAGAUGGGCACAGUAACGUUUUGGAGAAAACUCGAAAUGGUAAUUACGAAGUAAACGUUGUGAAUUGUUGUCGGAAGAGGCGAUUCGAUCCCUCUCAUAUGUGUACUAAGAACUGUAUAACGCUCUCUAUGAUAAAUAAUAGAGAAAAAGAAAAACACACUACGAAUUCACAGAACUCUUACGCCUAUAUAGACGAUAACCACGGCAACAAUUCAGAAGAGACUAACAAAUGUAGAGCUCGCAAUUACAAUAAUACAAAAUUAAAUCAAUCGAAGUCUUUAGCAAAUAUUAUUUUACACAGCGACUCAAGUAGCAGCGACACGUUGUAUCAACCGCAAAACUCUUUCAACAGCCGCUCAACAGAGUCGACUACCAGCGAAAAUUCAUUUGAAAACUGCUACACGACGCAGUACAUUGAGCCGUUGUACACAUCUGUUUAUAAUCGCAGAAGGGACAUUUUCCACGAAGAUAAAAAUAGCAUGUUUUCAUCAGAUAUUUACAAAGCGACCCCAACGUCUGUGCAACCUGACUAUACGUCUGAAAAAGAACAGAAUAACAAUAGCAAGAAACCGCCACAUAUGCCCCCACCUGUACCACCGAGGAAGAUGGUUUACCAGAGGGUACUGAAAAAAUUUCAACCAGUUCAUAUAAACAAAGAUGAUAAAGCGUCUCGAUCGAAGUCAGUGCCUCCUCUGUACAGGGAUCCACCUAACGGAACCGAAAAAAACGGGCAAAACGUUGUAGCUCUCGAGUGUUCAGAAUCUGACACGGAAUCGGAGUCAUACGUCUAAACGCUGCACAAACAAUAUUAAUUGUAAUGAUAUUUUAAGGGUCUAAUAGCAGUACUGUAAUACAUGCGAGUAGAUUGCACAUUAUCGAAGUUUGGUUGAAGUUCUUCGUCCGUAAUUUAAUUUAAUCUAGACGCUAUUAUAGUACUUCUAUUUAAUUUUGCGUUAUCGUAUGAAUCCCGCCUUAAAAAUUUCUAUGUAUGUGACCAUAACCUGUGCUGUUUUGGUGAUGUAAUUCCAAAGAAGUAAGAAUAGUUUGCAAACAUAAUUAUAUUAUAUAUAGUUGAUCUUAUUAAUAAGAUUCUGAUAAAAUGAUAGCGUUAUAUUAGUGGAAUAUGUAGAAUUAACAGCAGCCACUUUUUAAAAUUUUAAACUACUUAUUUAGUUAUUAUGUAUUGGUAUAUACGUAAAGUUAAUCUAUCGUGUCAUGUAUGUGUUAGAGUUUUAAAAUAUAUAAUAAUAUAAUAUGUAAAGCAAAUAGAUUUGUAUAUAAUGUAUAAUAGUGUAACUAAAUAUACCUACUAAAAUAAUUAUUAAAACAUAUGAUAUUAUGUAAUGAUACCUGUCUUUUAUUUAAUCAGAUCUUGUAACAUUUCGUCACAAUAUACAAUGUUACAAAGUU